AGGACACCCUCGACCAUUCAGACCUAAGACAGUAUGUCUCAACAUCACGUAAGGAUCUAAUGGCCUCUAUCAAGAAUAAAUCCACAUCUGGGAUGUGGAACUAGACAUUUGUCUUCAACAUCUGGAAGGAUUUUCUUUGCUGAAGUAAAGUCCAGUUAGACCAAUACAGCGACUGAGAGCGAUGUCAUCCCAACUGUCUCCAAACAAGGAUCAUUUACGCAACAGAAAGUCCACAUCAGACUCAUCAUCACCCCCGCCUGCCGCCAAGGAGAGCCUCAGGCAUGAACGACUAUCGAGACUUGGGUCGUCUGGUUUGUCGGACGUCUCCAACAACACAACCAAAAACCACGCAGAGUCUUACUUCUCACGCAGGGAGAAUAGACUUUCAGCAAGGAAAAAGGCUGAAGAGGAGCUAGCACGCAACGACUAUAAGAAGAUGUAUGAAAAGGCACUAGCCACCAACCAGAGGCUCAAGUCCAGACUGGAAACCAGUAAACAGGAACUGGCUGUGAUCAAGGAGCAGCUACAGAGAGCUCAGGCAAAGAGUGAACUUGGAUCCAACAUGCUUGAUACAGAAAAAAAGGACAGCUGGAGUCUUAGGAAGAAGAUAUCAGACAUGGAAGAGCAGGUGAAGGUCAAAGCAGAACUUCACACGGAGAACCAAAGACUGAAGGAUGAAAAUGGAGCUCUAAUCCGAGUCAUAACCAAAUUAUCCAAGUGAUUUCAUCCUCUGAAGAGGCGGGAUUGCACGUGAUGUCUCUUACCUGUGUUGCAUCUGCUGCUGAUAAUGAUGAUAAGAACACAGGCGAUCACUCUGGUUCCCUUGAAAGAUCUUCUUCUAAAAGCAUACACAAAGACAAAGCCAGAUUAUUCAUCAUUCCAGACAUAAACUGAACCGACAAAACUGUUUUGGAGCUUUGUGUAAAUUAUCUAUACUUAGCCUGAUGCAGUUACACUAUCACCAUGGAAACAAAGAUGCUUCCAUCACCCUGGGAGUGUGAACCUUACCUUGUGAAGCGUGUUGUCACGAUUUCCUCCAAACAAUGAAACACAUACAAGUGGUGAAUAAUAGUAAUUAGACAUUAAUACCUCAAAAGUAGCAGCCAUAUGUGCAUUAAAUUCCAUGUGUGCACACAUAUGACGAAUACCAACCACAUUAAUGAUCAUUUGUCUUUGUUUUAUUCGUAUUGCGUUAAUUUGUGUUAAAAUUCCAGUAUAUAAAGUAUGUUAGUGUAGAAAAUACACGUUUUUAUUGAUUAAAGAUGUCACAGAUAGUUUACUACUAUCAUUAAAUUAACAAUGCACACAUGUUACCAUUUAUAGUUUUAUUUUAGUGUGUCAUUGUGUUAUGAUUGUUAUAUUUACCGGUAAGUGCAGUUUUAAGCACACUAACAAAAAAAACAGUUAGAACGUUUUCUGUGUUUAUGGUGCCACUCACUGUCAAAUAGUGGAAAAGCACCCUCUGCCGAAAAGAAGGUGACUUUACUUCAUAACACAGCAGCCACUUAAAAACACACAUUAUGUUGUAUUAAACUACUUUGUUAUACAUUAAACUGGUUUUAAUGGUGAUUUACUCGGGAGAUGCAAAUGUUGGUUACAUUUGCAAAUAAAGAAUUAUGUGUCAUUAUUUGUUUUAUUAGCCAACACAAUUCAGUUAAUUGAAUUAACUGAAAUGGGGAUUUCCCUCCCUGUAUGUGGAUAUGCUAUAUAUGGGCCUAAAAUACAUACCGGACAUGGACCACAUGUAAUAAAUCACAUUUAUGCAACAUUCAUCAGAAAGCUGAAAAGCUAAAAACAUUUCAACUAACGCCAUCCAUCCACGCCUGCAUUCAUAAAGUGAAUGAAACUAUUUGUGAUCGCUUCAGUCUUGUGCUACCAUCAGUUAUAAGCAUUCCUUCAAGCGUUCCUUCAUUUUCUAUAGCACUUGUUCUCAUUACGGUCACGGGUGAGCUGGAGCCUAUCCCGGCUGACUGAGAAGCGGGGUACACUCUGAAGUGGUCACGAGUCAGCUACAGGACGCACAUAGACAAACAACUAGUCACAUUCACACUUCCGGGCAAUUUAGAGUCUCCAAUUGGUCUAAUGUGCACGUUUUUGGACCGUGGGAGGAAGCCAGCGUGCCCGGAGAAAACCCACGCACGCAAAGGGAGAACAUGCAAACUCCACACAGAGAUACCCAGCGGAGCUCUGAACCUUUGAUCCCCUGACAAUUCUAAGCAAUAUUUACAAAACAGUACGACCUCUAUUAAAAACAGUCUCUGCACACUUUUUAUUCAGCUGUUUUAUUAUCCAAAAAAGACACAAGAAGACAAACACAGAUACACAACAUAAUAAUAAUGUUUAAAACAUGCUAAUAUUUACAUCAUCUUGUACAUACAUGCUGUAGCCUAUUAACAAAUGAACCCAAUGCAUGGUGGAUUGAUAUUGAUUCUGGCACCAAUAUGGCUGUUGUGAAACAGAGAAAAAGGCUGCGCUUUUUGGCAAUUGCUAUUUUGUGAACCUUAACGAUGAAAUGUAAUGUUUCUAGUUUUUGUUUCGCGCUUUGGCUUUGAUGAUGAGAGCUUUUCCAUGAUGACGAUUAAAUGCUGCAAGGCGUGUAAGGCAUGCUACAUUCAGCAUCUUUGUUUGGCUCAUUGGAUAUGUCUCAUGUUCACCUCCUUAUAAAAAAUGU